UCAAGGAAGGACCCUGGAAGUAGCAUGGAGUUGUAGUGAAACGGAAAGUUGUCAUUCUGUACACAUUAGUACAGUUAAAAAUCAUUUUACCGAAUUGUCUAUUUUUCUUACUCGCAAACAUGUUUAUUCCGGUUGGGUGCUCAGCGCCCUCUUUCAAAGAGUUUACCCUUAUAAUGCCGGCGGUAUCGGUGGGAAACGUGGGACAGUUUGCAACAGACCUGGUCAUUUCUACCCUUCACAUGCCUCGAGUGGGCUAUUUCCACAGUGACUGUCUAGUACCCAUGGUAGGAAAUAAUCCCUAUGCCACAUCGCCAGAAGAUUCAUCUGAACUCAGUACAAAUGCCGAAGUGUACUCUUUGCCUGACUUAAAGCUGGCUGUCCUUCAGAUCCGGGCUCCCAUCAUACAGACGAAAUACAGGCAGUUUCGGAAAAGUGUUGUCUCCUGGAUCAAGACAAACGAAUUCUCCAAAGUUGUCCUCCUGUCUAGCUGUCAUGCUCAUCAUCGGGAUGACCGUCAGCUCCUCAGCACUCCUCUGCGCUAUUUGCUCACUCCUGCCCUGCAGAGCGUUGUCGGAGAUGGACUGCAGAAGCUGGACUGGAAAGAGAUGGAGAAGGUGUCGGCUUUUCCGGGGAUCAGUGACACGGAGCAACGCCUGUACAUCCCUGGAGGAGGUGUCACUAAAACCCUCUACGCUGACUGCUGUUCAGAAGGGAUCCCAUUAGCAGUGCUGUUGAUAUUCUGCUCCGAAGGUGACAAUAUGCCACAUGCUUUUGCACUAGUGAACUACCUCAAUGAGUGGCUCCAUCUGGUGGAGAAGCCCGGUAACGUGGCUGCGCGGUGGAAGAUUCCUUCCUCAUGGAAGCUCCUGUUUGGUAGUGGCUUCCCUCCAGCCCUCUUCUAAAUAACUGACUGCAACGGCUUCCCAGCAUCUGCAGAAGAUCAGCAUUUCCAGAAACUGCUUGCUAUAUAAAACAUUUAAGGUUGCAGUAGCCGCGUGCUUCUGCCUUCGUUAUGAUGAUGUGCGCUUUCCUGUGAACAUGACUAAAAUUGCUUAACAAGCUUGUUAGCCGGGAGAUCUGAAGCCGAUAUUGCUUUUUUUUUUUUCCUUGUUGCGGUGUCAGACGGAGUUCAGUCGUAAUUUACAUUGAUAUACGUCUCAAACAAUAAAACUGCAGGAAAUCAACUAGCUUUUUGUUUUUGCUUGGGGAUUUAUUUCCAUCAGAGAUUAUCCCAAUUAACAAUGUAUACUAUCUACAGAGUUACUGUGUUACUGCAUUUUAUAUAUUUUCGAUGAUGCCCUUGUCUAUAGACAUUUUCAUUAUCCACAAAAAUACUCAUGAUCCCCAGCCCGUCAAUUUAUGAUCUCAACAGUUAUAAGAUCAUGAACCUGCAAGUGCUCCAUUUAUCUUUUAAAAAGUUGUUUUACUGAAACUGAUUGAGCUCAGAAUGCGUUUUUUCACUUAAUAAGCUGGGCGAGCUGGCGCGUCUCUCUUAUAGCUUCUAAUGCACUCAAUAAAAAACAAAGAAUUCAAAAGAGAA